AUGGGAGCUGGACGCUGGGGGAACCCUCUGCUGCUGCUGGCAGCCCUGGCACUGGUGCUGGGUCGGCAUCAACAGUGGCCUGGCUUCCAGGAUUCCGAGAGCCCGAAGAACGUGAAUGCCACGCUCGCCUUCUUAUUGGAGAGCUACAACAACAACAGCAACGACUCCUACCUGUUCAGCGUGGACAGGCUGCUCCGCAGCCAGGUGCAGCUGACGACAGGCGUGGAGUACCUGAUUACCGUGAAGCUUAGCCGGACCAAGUGCAAGAGGAAUAGCACGAAAAAGCGCUCGUGCCCCAUUCAGACCAAGAAGAGUCUGAAGAAGAGUUUCAUUUGCGACUUUUUGGUGUACACUCUACCCUGGAUGAACCAUUACCAGCUCUGGAAUAACUCAUGCCUGGAUGUGUAG